CUUCCGUAUCUUGAUUAACAAUUUAAGUGAAUUUAACUAACUUUUUCAGAAACCUAACCUCACAUAAUUAGCCGACAUGGUUCAUGAUUUUGGUCUUCGCUGUCGUCACUGCGACGCCGAGACUCUGGAACCCGUUGAAGCCACGGUUACAGGCUGCAUCCCCGAGUACGCUUACGGGGACUACCUCUUCAAUGGCGGGGGCAUCGGCAAAUUUGGAGACGCCGAGUAUCAACACACCUUCGAUUUGGGGGCCGUCCUGCAAAAAGUGAGCGUAUCCAGCUCGGGUAGUAGUUACAUGUCCCGCUACCUGCAGACGUCAACGCUGGCACGCAACCAAAAAGCAGGAACCAUCGUCGUGCCGGAGUUCGGCACCAAAGCCGUCGACUUGAACGGAAACAGCGGCUUCUUGGGGAAGGUGGCGAAGAUGGCAAAUUAUUCAAAGCACAUGUCCGAUAACGCCCCUGUAAGCAUUCUGGCUCACAAUGACAAGGUCUACGCCAUCGGUGAUAUGUCGGUGUGGUUUGAAUUGGACGUGCAAAACCUUUCUGUCAAACGCAAGAAUACUGACCUCGACAAAGCCGGCCUGGUGACCUGCUGCCCUCACUUCAAGCGGGCCAGCAACGGCAACGUCGUGUCUGUCGGUCAGAGCAUCACGGCCGUCGGCCCCAAGUAUAACGUCGUCGAAUUCCCGGCCGACGGUGGGCUUCCCACGGUCUUAGCAAGAGCCAGUCCUCGCUGGAAAUUGUCGGCAAGUCUCCUGCACGACUUUGGAAUCACUCAAAAUUAUCUGGUUUUCCUCGAGCAGCCGCUCUACGUCCGAUUCGUUGAAGUGAUCAAGGCUGUUCUAAAAUGCUCGUGUUUCGUCGACACAUUUAAAUGGUGUCCCGAAGAAAACACAUCAUUAACUCUGAUCGACCAGCGAUCUUGGCAACCAAUUACCCAGAAAUUUACUUUCGAACCCAUGUUCAUCGUACACUUCGUCAACUCCUACGAAACUGAGGGUGGCGACCUCGUCAUUGACCUAGAGUGCUUCGAAAGUCCAGAAUUGAUUAUGGACAGCUACAUCAGUAACCUCAGGGAACCCAAAGAUCGGCAAGCACUACAUGUCCACUUCUCCAUCAACCUUAAGCGUAUCAUCGUUCCCCUGUCUCAAGCCAGCCACUCAUCCGAGAUUCAUCUAGAGGCGAAGAUGUUGACGGAGCUUGGCUUUGGCAACCCUAAAGUCAACCCAAAUUACGAGGGCCGAGAGUACACCUAUGCCUACGGCGUGGCCCACACCGAGCACGAUCACGGCAGAUUGACGAAGCUUGACGUGAGAACCGGAGAAGUCGUUCACUUCACCGAGCCUGGACUCUACCCAGCCGAACUGAUGUACAUACCCAACCCACAUGAGAAGGCGGAAGACGACGGUGUUGUCGUGAGCUUCUGCCUGUCGUCGCGCGACGCUCGCCUCGGGACGCUCUUGUUCCUCAGCGCCGCCGACAUGAAGCUCCUGGCGAGGGUCGAGUUCACUGCCGCCGGCUCGGUCACCUGGACUUCCCACGGCACAUUUAUUCCCGAGUCAUAAAGCUAUAAUAUGAUUAACCCAUUCUUUUAGGCUAAACAUUUCUCAUUAGUGGCCGAUUAUGUUAAUAGGUAAUAUAGUUAUUGCUAAAAUUCAUUGUUAAUAGAGCGCAUAGGAUCACGAAAUGACGUUUUCCACUUCUAAAUAAAAUUAUAGCAUUCUACGGUUAUAUUAAUUAUAAAUCGGAU